AUGACUGUGAAUUGUCUACACUCUCAGAUCAAUACAGCCCACCUCCAGCGAUAUCAGCAGCAGCAGCAGGCUCCUCACCAACCCUCUCAACAGAAGCUGUUCAGUGUACCCCAUCAGGUCAAACACAGACAGCUCCCUAAAAAAGAUAUGAACAAUGAUAUGGUCUCUGCACGGCCCUGUAUCAUUGUGUCAUGGCCCCGCUCUUCUCUGGGCGGCGCCCCUGGCCCUCUGAUGAUCCAGGCCGAUGGGGCACAGCUGCUGAGGGAGCACAGUUGUGCCAAAUCAGUAAUCGGCAGCAGUCAAAACCAGACUCACCCCACCAGCUGCCGCUGGUUCAUUGCCUCUGCUGGCUCCCCGCCAGUCGCUCUGCCCAGGUCUGCCUUGGUUCCAGAAUUCACCUCAGUCAUUGUUACAGUGGUUUACAUCCCACCACAAGCGGACACUGAAACUGCACUAUUGGAGUUACAGGACGUGCUGUGUCGACACCAACACAAAAACUCAGACACUGCCCUAAUCAUGGCUAGGGAUUUUAAUAAGAAGCUGAGGGUCAAGAAAUCUAUCCACACUGCUCUAAAUGCUCGCACUGCUGCUUACAACUCAGGCCUCAUCUCCAGCUGUAUGGAGGAAUACAAGGCAGAGUCAUACAGUCUGAGACAAGCACAAGCCUCCAGUUUGAGGUUUUUGCAAGCCGUCCGCCAUAUAGCAGACGUGACCCCCCACCCUGAACCGGCUCCGUUCCUGGCCCUCCCCAGUGGCCGCCACCGCACGUUGUGCCACGCGAGCGUGCUCCCUCCGGACCGCCGACGUCAGGAGCCUGCCUGCCUGGCCCCUGUUCCAGUCAACCCGUCCCACUCCCCGAGGAGGACCUGGCGUCAUCUGUGGCCGCAGCUGCUGCACUCCAUGAGUGGUCAUGAGCACCGGCGCAUGCCUCCACCCCGACUGCCGAUCCCCAGGAGCCUGCCCUCCCCCCUCACUCACCUAUACAAACAAGAAGGCUCUGCAGAGGGGAUGGAUGACGUUGAGACGGCUGCGGCAGAUGUGGGUGAUCUCAUCAGGGUAAUCAGCAGAACUUGGACCACCUUCAAUUGUGUGCAUCUGGCUCCUGGCUCUGGAGCCCCCAACCUCACCUGCCUACCGGUUUUCCUCAUCCCCUGGACAGGAUAUCUGGCUCAUCUCCGACCAUCCUUCCCCUCCGUCACUCACCGACGCAUGCCGGCACAAGUCCUCACCUUCCGCCUCAGCCACAGACGCAAUUUACUUAAAAAGCCCACUCUAGAUCCAGAUGUUUUAGCCAACUAUAGACCAAUUUCCAACCUCCCAUUUCUCUCUAAAAUUCUGGAAAGAACAGUUGCAAAUCAAUUAUAUGAACAUUUACAAAGGAAUAGCCUGUUUGAAGAGUUUCAGUCAGGCUUCAGAGUGCAUCAUAGCACAGAAACAGCUCUGGUGAAAGUUACUAAUGACCUUCUCAUAGCGUCAGAUAAUGGACUGGUCUCUAUACUUAUUUUAUUGGACCUUAGUGCAGCAUUCGAUACAAUCGACCACAAACUUUUAUUACAGCGACUAGAACAUUCUAUUGGCAUUAAAGGGACAGCACUGGACUGGUUUAAAUCCUACUUAUCAGACAGGUUCCAGUUUGUGCAUGUCAACAAUGACUCUUCUGAGCAUACUAGGGUUAAUCAUGGAGUUCCUCAGGGUUCUGUCUUAAGACCAAUACUGUUCACAUUAUACAUGCUUCCCUUAGGCAACAUUAUUAGGAAGCACUGUAUUAAUUUCCAUUGUUAUGCUGACGACACUCAAUUGUAUUUAUCUAUGAAGCCAAAUGAAACUAAUCAGCUAGCUAGACUGCAAGAUUGUCUUAAGGACAUAAAGACCUGGAUGACCUAUAAUUUCUUACUACUAAAUUCAGACAAGACUGAAGUCAUUGUAUUUGGCCCCAAACAUCUUAGAGAAUUGCUUUCAAAGCAUAUAGUUACUCUGGAUGGCAUUACAUUGGCCUCCAGUACUACUGUGAGGAACCUCGGUGUUAUCUUUGACCAGGACAUGUCCUUUAACUCGCACAUAAAACAAAUCUGUAGGACUUCCUUUUUCCACCUGAGAAAUAUUGUGAAAAUCAGGAACAUCCUGUCUCAGAGUGAUGCAGAAAAACUAGUCCAUGCAUUUGUUACUUCUAGGCUUGACUACUGUAAUUCCUUAUUAUCAGGUUGUCCCAAUAGCUCUCUGAAACAUCUACAGCGGAUCCAAAACGCUGCAGCCAGAGUACUGACGGGAGUUAGCAAGAGAGAUCAUAUUUCUCCUAUAUUGGUUUCUCUUCAUUGGCUCCCUGUUAAAUCUAGAAUAGAAUUCAAAAUCCUUCUUCUGACAUAUAAAGCUCUUAACAACCAAUCUCCAUCAUAUCUUAAAGACCUGAUAGUACCAUAUUACCCUAGCAGAACUCUUCGCUCUCAGACUGCAGGCUUACUUGUUGUUCCUAGAAUCUCUAAAAGUAGAAUGGGAGGCAGAGCCUUCAGUUAUCAGGCACCUCUCCUGUGGAACCAGCUCCCAGUUUGGGUUCGGGAGGCGGACACCCUCUCUAUUUUUAAGACCAGGCUUAAAACCUUCCUUUUCGACAAAGCUUAUAGUUAGGGCUGACUGGGUGACCCUGACGGGGUGAGCUGGUGUUUUCAUUUGCACAACUGACUUCCCCUCUUGACGUCCCUUUAGUUUGCCCCUAGUUAUGCUGCUAUAGGCCUAGGCUGCUGGGGGACCUCUCUUGAUGCACUGAGCCCUUCUCUAACUACCUAUGUAUUUACUACAUAUACCAUUAUUGCAUUACAUUCACUCUGUUUCUUUCUGUGUCCUUUCUCCGAGUGUCCCUGGUCCCAGAGCUGGAUGCUGGAUGCUUCAGAUGUGUGGCUGUGUUUUAUGGUCCUUGUGUCCCACCCCCCACCUCUCUAUCUCUACCCCUCUAUCUGUAUCCCUCUAUCUCUACCUCUACCCCUCUAUCUCUACCUCUCUACUUCUUCUGUCCCUCUCAACCCGCCCGGCCAGCAGGCAGAUGGGUCCCCCCACAUUAGAGCCGGGUUCUGCUCGAGGUUUUUUUCCCUGUUAAAAGGGUGUUUUCCUUGCCACUGUCGCCUUUUGGCUUGCUCUGGGGGUCAGGCAUAUGGGUUCUGUAAAGCGUCUCGAGACAAUUUGACUGUAAUUGGCGCUAUAUAAAUAAAAUUGAAUUGAAUUGAAUUGAAU